AAAAUGUCCAACACAUCCUAUGUCUCUGAUUUUCUGCUCCUGGAAUUCUCAGAUGUUUGGGAACUGCAGUUUCUACACUUCAUGGUUUUUCUGAUGCUGUACUUGGCAACAGUAACAGGGAACCUUCUCGUCAUCUCUUCGGUCGCCUCAGACCACCACCUGCACACACCCAUGUACUUCUUGCUGAUGAACUUGGCCAUGCAGGAUCUUGGUCAAGUUUCAGUCAUUGUCCCCAAAUCCAUGAUCAAUUCCCUCCUGAAUACCAGACUCAUUUCUUAUUCAGGGUGUGUUACUCAAGUCUUCUUCUUUAUCUUUUUCAUAGCGUCUGAUUUCUGCCUCCUCACAGUCAUGGCAUAUGAUCGGUAUGUGGCCAUUUGCAAUCCAUUACAUUAUGAGAUGGUAAUAAAUAGACAAGCCUGCAUUGAAAUGAUUGCUGGUGUAUGGAUAGCUGGUUCUCUCUAUGCAGGGAUACACACCUGUGGGACUUUUGCAACCCAAUUCUGCUCUAAUGUUGUCAAUCAGUUUUUUUGUGAAAUCCCCCAGCUAAUAAAAUUGUCUUGUUCUGGCUUAAAUGUAAUUGAAAUGAGUAGUAUUAGCAUCAGUAUUUUGCUUACAUUAUGCUGUUUUGUCUAUAUCAUUGUAACUUAUGUGCAGAUUUUCAAGAGUGUUUUAAGAGUGCCUUCUGCAAAGGGGAGGCAAAAGGCUUUCUCCACUUGCAUUCCCCACCUCAUUGUCUGCUCAAUAUUCAUACUCACAGUUUCAUUUGCCUACCUAAAAUCGGCCUCUCACACCCCAUCACAGCUGGAUUUGAUAUUUGGAGUAAUCUAUUCCUUGGUUCCACCCCUAUUGAAUCCAGUGAUUUACAGCAUAAGAAACAAAGAGAUCAAGAAAGCAAUGGGAAAGGUUUUAGGUUUUAGGGACUUUUCCUUAAAUACAUGA